CCCUGUUUCCGUCAUUUGGCCCCAUUCUGGCGGUUUGGCUAUUGGUGGCAUGCGUCUUGUGCGCUCCCAGGAACCUAUCGUAAGCCAAAUCCUGGAAUCGGGUUGACCCUUAAUAUUUCUCAGGAUUCGGUGCCUGUCUUAAAUGUGUCUGUUGGCUGAGGGCUGACUGUCUAUGGUUGUUGCAGCCCAUGCCCGUCAUGCAGGACAUCAACAUAAAACCGCCCUCUUCCCUCAUGGUGCCCUGAUUUCUUCCACCCGUGCUUCUUCCUCUGCUUCAAUCCUGUGCUGUGCGCAGUUGUCAUUCUUUACCAAUUGUCACUCAUUUGACUUGUCAACACACCUUCUUUACCGGUUCCAACCAUUCCAUUCCUUUCUACCCAAUAACCAUUCACCAACAAUCCCACCAAAAUGGUCUCCUUCACCAAACUCUUCACCCUCGGGCUCAUCGCCGCCCUAACCGAAGCCUCCAGCAAGCGCGGUGCCGCCUACAACGACGCCUCGCUCGUCAAAACCCUCACAAGCGGUAAAUCGACCCCCGUGUCAUGGUCAUACAACUGGGCCCAAGAAGCCGACGGCACCAUGCCAUCUGGCGUGAAAUUCGUCCCCAUGCUCUGGGGCACCGGCUCAGUGUCCACCUGGACCUCCGCAGUCGAGAAGGCCCUCUCCGGUGGCAGCACCCACAUCCUAGGCUUCAACGAACCCGACAUGACCUCGCAAGCCGACAUGUCCGCCUCCAGCGCCGCCACUCUCUACAAGAAGUACAUCACGCCCUACGGAGACCGCGCCACGCUCAUCAGUCCCGCCGUGACUUCCUCCGAGAACUCGGGCCAGGGUCUCAGCUGGUUCAAAACCUUCAUGGGCGACUGCAAGAGCUGCAACAUCUCUGCUCUCGCUGUCCACUGGUACGGUGGAUCAUUCGCCCAGCUUGAAUCCUUCAUGACAGAGGCUAUCAGUACCGCUGGCCAGUAUGAUAUUGAUGAGGUCUGGCUUACGGAGUUCGCUCUCGACGCUGAUACAAAUGGUAUCUCGGAUGCGGCUACGGCCAAGACUUUCCUUGAAAAAGCUAUUGACUGGCUUGACUCGCAUCCUAAGGUUGGCGGAUACGCUUACUUUUAUACCGCUAAUGGGUAUUUGUUGACUAGUGGGUCGGUCAACUCGGUGGGUGAUGUCUAUGUUGCUUCUUCUUCGUCUGGUUCUGGUUCUGGUUCUGGUUCUUCUUCGUCUUCCUCGACCAAGUCUACCAAGACUACCACGACUACGAAGACCAAGACUGCCACGGCUACGAAGACUGCCAAGGCGACGUCUGCUAAGACUACUGAGGCUAAGACCACGGCUACCAAAGCCGCCACGACGAGCAAGGUCGUUAAGACUGUGACCUCUACCAAGAAGGUCACUAAGACGGUCACUGCUAGCGGGGCUGCAAAGACUGCUUAAACUUGGCUAAGUUGUCUGUGGCGCUCUAUAUCCCACCUGUCCAUGUAGAUGUCUAAAUAGCACGAUACUUUGUGUGCUACUGUGUGAAUUGUUUUGUGUUUUAUUUCGAUUCUAUCAAUUGAGAUCAUUGGUACUUAGUUUGAGUGAUAGCUUGGAUUGUGUUUAUUGCAUGCGGUCGAUAGUCUUCCUCGGGAGGAUGUUAGUCUUACUGUAGGUAGAUAUUUAGUUAUUGGAAUAGUCAGUGCUGUACCAUCAGCGUGUGUGCUAUGUACUAUGUAGCUAUGUUAUGUUGAUGAUGAGACAGCAACAGCGGUGGG